AUGUACCAGAGGACACGAUUUUUGUGGAGCAGCUGGCGUGACUACCCUCUAGGCUCGCGUGACCGUCGAGGUCGCUUCAAUAUGGAUGAGGCAGCGGCUGCGCUUCAAUUGAAUCCUGCGUAUGCCGCUGCUCUUUACCGGCCGUUGAACUAUACAUUCCAUAUAAGGGGUCAACUAUAUCCUGCGCAAAAGGGGCGUCCCAGCCGACCAGGAUCACUAGCGGCAUCUCAAGGUAGAAUGUUUCCUCUUUAUCAACGGAACGAUCGGUUGGAUAAGGAGCUCUUUCGUCUCAACAGCCGCGGCCUAACUACUGAGUGA